AUGCCGGCACAAUGCCUAACCACUGACAGUGAAGACCAAAGUGAGGAUGACCUAUGUCCACCUCAAUCCAGUCUUCUGGUCAAUAGGAAUAACAGCAACAACAAUGAAGAAGAAGACAAAGAAAAGAAGCAAAAAAAGAAAAAGGAAAAGAAAGAGAAGAAGGAGAAGAAAGAAAAAAAGAAAAAGGAGAAGGAAGAAAAGGAAGCAAAAGAAAAGGAACAGGAAAAACAAAAGGAGAAAGAAAAAGAGAAGGAGAAAGAAAAGGAAAAGGAGAAAGAAAAGGAAAAAGAGAAAGAGAAAGAGAAGGAAAAGGAAAAGGCAAAAGAAAAGGACAAAGACAAGCCUAAGGAAAUAUUUGUGGUUAAUCCUGCGGGGAAUUUGUAUUACAACUGGCUUUUCAUCAUCACAGUACCAGUCAUGUAUAACUGGACCAUGAUCAUAGCCAGGGCCUGCUUUGAGGAGCUACAACAUGACUACAUACUCUACUGGAUUAUCUUGGACUACAGCUCUGAUCUAAUUUACCUAGCAGACAUGUUCAUCAGAACCAGAACAGGGUACCUUGAACAAGGCCUGAUGGUGAAGGAUGAGAAGCUACUUCAAGAAAACUAUAUUAAGAGCUUCCAGUUUCGUCUUGAUUUUCUGUCCAUGGUGCCGACAGAUAUCUUCUAUUUUGUACUUGGACUUGACUACCCAGAGAUUCGCAUUAACAAGCUGCUGAGAAUUGGCCGAUUGAUGGAGUUCUUCACAAGGACCGAAACUAAAACCAACUAUCCAAACAUCUUCCGCAUUGGAAAUUUAAUCAUGUACAUCCUCAUCAUCAUCCACUGGAAUGCUUGCCUCUUCUUUUCAUUCUCUAAGUCAAUUGGUUUUGGAGCUGAUGACUGGGUCUACCCAGCCCUUGAUGAUCCGGAUGAGCCUGCAUUUGGUGAGCCUAUGAGAAAGUAUGCUUUCAGCCUAUAUUGGUCCACACUGACUCUGACCACCAUCGGUGAAACCCCACCACCAGCUCUCGACUCUGAAUUUCUCUUCCACGUGGUGGACUUCUUAGUCGGAGUCUUGAUUUUUGCUACCAUUGUGGGAAACAUUGCUACUAUGAUUUCCAAUAUGAAUGCUGCCCAAGCCCAGUUUCAAGCCCGCAUUGACAACAUCAAACAGUACAUGCAGGUUCGAAAAGUCAGUAAAGAACUUGAGCUACGUGUCAUCAAGUGGUUUGACUACCUGUGGAAUAACGGCAAGGCUCAAGAUGAGAGGGAGGUGCUACGGUAUCUUCCUGACAAGCUAAGAGCAGAAAUAGCCAUCCAAGUACACAUGGACACUCUGAAGAAAGUUAGAAUAUUUGCAGACUGCGAAGCUGGUCUGCUUAUCCAGCUUGUGCUUAAACUUCGUCCACAGGUUUUUAGCCCCGGAGACUACAUAUGCAAAAAGGGCGACAUUGGCCGCGAGAUGUAUAUCAUUAAAGAUGGGAAACUAGCAGUUGUAGCCGAUGAUGGUGUCACACAGUUCGUAGUGUUAGGAAGUGGUAGCUAUUUUGGCGAAAUUAGCAUCCUCAAUAUUAAAGGCAGUAAAGCAGGCAACAGGAGGACUGCUAACAUUAGAAGCAUUGGUUACUCUGACCUCUUCUGCCUUUCCAAAGAUGACCUGAUGGAGUCACUGACUGAGUAUCCUGAUGCUAAGGCCAUGCUAGAGGAGAAGGGUCGACAGAUUUUAAUGAAAGAUGGUCUCAUAGACUUGGAUCCAGCUAACAUUAAGCCUGAGGUUAAGGAGCUAGAGGAAAAGGUCACCAAACUGUACAGCACAAUGGAGCUCAUGCAGUUAAAGCUCAAGAAGAUUUUGGGCAAUUACAAGAAUGCUGGCACAGCUCUUAGACAACGUAUUGCAGAUCUGGAGCGCUUGACUGGUGAAGAGGUGGAAGAUGAGGAUGAGGAGGAAGAAGAAAAAAAAAAAGAAGCUAAAGAGGAAGAAGCAGUGAAAAAAACAGACGAAGAGGUUGAGACGGAUAAAGACGCCAAAACAGAGGAAGAGAAGGAUGAUGUGGCUAAGCUGGAGGAGGAGGAAAGUGAAGAGGGUGAAUUGAAAGCAUCUGAUGAAACUGAUGAAGUGAAAGAUGAAGAAAGCAAAGGGGAAAAGACAAAGUGA